GCCGGUGUUUCAAUGAUGCGAACCCCGCCUCAUUUGACUUUCAGGCAGAUUGAACUGCGCGGUAAAAGAAGUGGGACACAAACAAAAACAUGUGUCUGGAGCGGCGACUAUUCUGAUGUGGAGCCGUCGGACCCCCUGAGCCGCGUGCCAUCGGAUACCAUGGGACUGCAGUCCGCCCAGAAGAAGCUCUUCCCGCUGCGAGGGAUCGACGGCGUGGUGCAGCUGUUCGAUGCCGAGCUGCGUAAGCCGGAACCAGACCUGGCUCUCCUCUCGCUGGUCCUGGGGUUCGUGGAGCACUUUUUGGCCGUGAACCGGGUGGUCCCCAUAAACGUUCCGGGGGUUCGCUUUGAGCCGCUGGAGCCCGACUGUCCCGCCUCCUGCUUCCCCACGGUGGAGCUGGGCAUGAUUUCUGCGCUGUACGAACGCUUCACGGCUCAGAUCCGCGGGGCCGUGGACCUGUCCCAGUACCGACGGACCGCCUCGGCGUCCAGCAGGGAGCUGGUGAAAAAGGUGUCGGACGUUAUCUGGAACAGCCUCAGCCGCUCCUACUUCAAGGACCGAGCUCACAUCCAGUCUCUCUUCAGCCUCAUCACAGGCACUAAACUGGACAGCACCGGCGUGGCGUUUGCGGUGGUGGCGGCUUGCCAGGUGCUGGGUUUGAAGGACGUUCACUUGGCUCUGUCAGAAGAUCACGCCUGGGUGAUAUUUGGCAAAGAUGGCGAGGAAACGGCAGAGGUCACCUGGCAUGGGAAGGGAAAUGAAGACCGCAGAGGCCAGACGGUGACGGCCGGUGUUAAUGAAAAGAGCUGGCUUUAUCUGAAGGGCUCCUACAUGAAAUGUGACCGGAACAUGGAGGUGGCGUUCAUGGUCUGUGCCAUCAACCCUUCCCUUGACCUCCACACCGACAGCUCCGAGCUCCUGCAGCUGCAGCAGAAACUUCUGUGGUUGCUGUAUGAGCGAAAUGACUUGGAAAGAUACCCCAUGGCCAUGGGAACGCUGGCAGAUCUGGAGGAUCAGGAUCCAAUCCCAGGGAAGGGGAACCCCCUGAGUAUUCACCUGAAGGCGGUCCAGUCGGCCCAGAAGUACUACAACAACGAGCACAUUUACCCCUACAUGUACCUCGCCGGUUUCCACUACAGACACAAGGACGUCCGGGAGGCUCUGAAGGCCUGGGCCGCUGCAGCUCAGGUCAUGCAGGACUACAACUAUUUCCGUGAGGAUGAGGAGAUCUAUAAGGAGUUCUUUGACAUUGCCAACGACGUCAUCCCCACGUUGCUGAAGGAGACGGCUGCUGCUGACAGUAUCGGAGAAGAAGACGGCGGAGAAACCGCCGACAAGGUUUCCACCAAGCAGGCAGCGGCCUUCUCUGCACUUCAUGACCCAGAAUGCUUUGCCCACCUGCUGCGUUUCUAUGACGGGAUAUGCAAAUGGGAGGAGGGAAGUCCCACGCCGGUGCUCCACGUGGGCUGGGCCACCUACCUGGUCCAGUCUCUCAGCCGCUUUGAAGCCCAGGUGCGUCAGAAGGUCUCCAUCAUAACCAAAGAGCCCGAGUGCCAAGAAGACGACGACCACUCCAGCGAGGAUCCCAGGGAGAGCCGCCGGAGGGGUCCCAGGAGAGAAUCCAAGCUGGAGGACCAGAGCUCCCCUCCCCAUGCCGCUCCCGCCUCCCCGUCCGGGCCGCCGCCCACAGCGGCUCAGCCCAAGAAGCUGGGAGAAGGAGGCGUGCGGCGCCGCUCCUCCUCCCACGGCCCAUGCGCCGGAGACGUGGAUGGGACGCCAAAGUCCCCCGGCGCGGACUCCAUCCCCUCCCCCAUGUCCCAGCAGCAGGCCUCGCCCUGCCCCGCCGGGCCCAUGGUGGUCUUUCAGAGUGAGAAGAUGAAGGGCAUGAAGGAGCUGCUGUGCGCCGCCAAGGUGAACUCCAGCGCCAUCAAGCUGCAGCUCACGGCGCAGUCGCAGGUCCAGAUGAAGAGGCAGAAGAGCACGCCGGCGGGAGAUUACUCCAUGUCCUUCCUGAAGCGCCAGCGGAAGUCGCUGUAAGUCAGGGAGGGGGGUCGGGAUGGCGUGCAGGACAUACUGUGAAGAUGGAAGCGCGCUCUCAUCAGCAACAUGCCGAGCUCCACACAUCGCGUGACUUUGUGCUCCUGCAGUCCGGCCCGCACCCCCUGAUUGUAGGUUAGGUUGUGUUUUAUUAGCUGCUGUUGCACACCGUGUGACUUCAUAGUGAUCUACAUGAGGAAGCUAAAGAAACAGGAAGGACCGGGAGCGACGUGCGCAGACGUUUGUGCACCGCUGUGGUCUCGACUGAGGGCUUGACUGAAUUUAGGAUAGUUACUGUGUAACAUUUCCCACUCUUUACAGACGGCUUAUUUCUUGCUAGCUCUAUGUUGCCUUAAGUUUGUUUUUGGUUCCAAUCUGUUGUUUUCUGAAGUAGGUGGCCUUUAGUUUUAAGGAAUGCCAUAGUUUAGAGUAUUUAUAGUAAUUUGAGACGGCCGGCAAGACCAGACCCUGUCCAGGUGGAGUCAUGCAACAUCCUCUCGGCUUCACCCCUUGUUGUUUUUGUUGCUUUGGUUUCUGCAAGAAAUAAAAAGCUGAUGAACCUCAA